AUGGCAAAUGCACAGCCCGAGGAACACGAAUAUUUUCCGAGAACCGGUCGAGUUAACGAAAUGUGCAGAGAAUGGGUGGUAAGAGAAGACGGUGCCCUGGCCCAUCACUUACAAAGUCAAGAGAUAAACGAGCACCUGCAAGGUAAUCGCUUUCGGAAUGCACUUGUACGCGAGGAUUUCCCACACGCGUUAGAUGAGCAGUUACGCGAGCAACAGCUUGCCGAACAGGCUGCGGCUGUUUAUCAUCAAAUGCUCGCCGAACAGGAAGAGAUAGACACGAUGUACGCACAGAAGUUAGCCGAUAAUUUGGAAAGGGAGGAACGGUCACGAAGGCGUGUGCUUGAAUCUCACGAUGACAUGUUCGUUCGUCAGCUGUUGGAUGUGAGCCGUUCACCCACCUCACGCAUUCACCAGUCUGAGGAGAUAACCACUGCAUCGAAAACGUACAGGUAUUUCCAGAAAUCACAGGUCUUUUUAAAGCGAUUUUUUUAA